CUUUCGCUCCCGGGCGCUCUCACGUGACCGUCGCCGGCGCCAUGGCGGAAGCGGAGCCGCAGGAGCCCAGGUGCAAUGAAGAAUCUACAGAUGAGUCUGAGGAAGAUGACAGUGAAGAGGAGCCCAAGCUGAAGUAUGAAAGGCUUUCUAAUGGUGUUACGGAAAUUCUUCAAAAGGACGUCGCCAGUUGCAUGAUGGUUCAUGAGAAGUUUUUGGCGCUUGGAACGCAUUAUGGCAAAGUUUAUUUACUCGAUGUCCAGGGGAAUAUCACCCAGAAGUUUGACAUUAGUCCAGUUAAGAUAAAUCAAAUUAGCCUGGAUGAAAGUGGAGAGCACAUGGGUGUUUGCUCUGAAGAUGGCAAGGUGCAGGUGUUUGGAUUGUACACAGGGGAAGAAUUCCACGAAACAUUUGAUUGCCCUAUUAAAAUUGUCGCUGUUCACCCUCAAUUUGUGAGAUCACACUGCAAGCAGUUUGUAACUGGAGGGAACAAAUUGUUUUUAUAUGAAAAGUCAUGGAUGAACAGAUGGAAACCUUCAGUUUUACAUGAAGGAGAGGGAAAUAUCAGAAAUGUUAAAUGGAGAGGAAACCUGAUUGCUUGGGCCAAUAAUAUGGGCGUGAAGAUACUCGACGUGAUUGCUAAGCAAAGAAUCACCAACGUGCCCCGAGACGAUAUAAACCUCCGUCCUGAUAUGUAUCCCUGCAGCCUUUGCUGGAAAGAUAAUUUAACACUGAUUAUUGGCUGGGGAAAUUCAGUAAAGAUAUGCUCAGUCAAAGAGCGACAUGCCAGUGAAAUGCGAGAUCUGCCAAGUCGUUACGUGGAAAUAGUUUCCCAGUUCAACACUGAAUUUUACAUCAGUGGAAUUGCACCUCUCUGUGACCAGCUUGUCAUACUUUCAUAUGUAAAGGAGAUUUCAGAGAAAACUGAAAAGGAGUGUUGUUCCAGACCUAGGCUGGAUAUAAUCCAGCCAUUUCCUGAAUCUUGUGAAGAAAUCUCCUCCGAUGCCCUAACUGUGAGGCGCUUCCAAGAAAAUGAAUGCCGUGAUUAUUGUUUGGAAUAUUCAGAGGGUGAAUCACUGUUUUAUAUCAUCAGUCCAAGAGAUGUUGUUGUGGCCAAAGAACGUGACCAGGAUGACCAUAUUGAAUGGCUCUUGGAAAAGAAGAAAUAUGAAGAGGCUUUGAUGGCAGCUGAGAUCAGCCAGAAGACCAUGAAAAAACACAAGAUUCAGGAUAUAGGUUUGGCCUACAUAAACCAUCUGAUGGAAAUUGGAGAGUAUGACCUGGCAGCACGAAAAUGCCAGAAAAUACUUGGCAAGAACACAGAUCUCUGGGAAUUUGAGGUGCACAGGUUUAAAGAAAUUGGACAACUUAAGGCGAUUAGCCGCUAUUUGCCAAGACGGGAUUCAGUCCUGAAGCCUUUUAUCUAUGAAAUGGUCCUACAUGAAUUUCUGGAAAGCGACUAUGAGGGUUUUGCAACAUUAAUUAAGGAGUGGCCUGGGAACCUUUAUAACAAUGCAAUCAUUGUCCAAGCAGUGGUGGAUCAUCUGAAGAAAGAUCCACAGAACAGGACUUUGCUGAAAACGCUUGCAGAGUUGUACACCUAUGACCAACGCUACGGAAAGGCCCUUGAAAUUUAUCUCACACUGAGACAUAAAGAUGUUUUCCAGCUGAUCCACAAACACAAUCUUUUCAGCUCCAUCAGGGACAAAAUUGUUCUGCUAAUGGAGUUUGAUUCAGAGAAAGCAGUUGACAUGCUUUUGGAUAAUGAAGACAAGAUCUCUAUUGAUAAAGUGGUGGAAGAAUUAAAAAACAGGCCUGAACUGCAGCAUGUGUACCUGCACAAGCUGUUCAAGAGAGACCAUCACAAAGGACAAAAGUACCAUGAGAAACAGAUCAGUCUGUAUGCUGAAUAUGACCGGCCAAAUUUACUUCCGUUUCUCAGAGACAGCACUCAUUGCCCUUUAGAAAAGGCUCUUGAAAUCUGUCAGCAAAGGAACUUUGUAGAAGAGACAGUUUAUCUUUUGAGCAGAAUGGGCAAUAGUCGAAGUGCUCUGAAGAUGAUCAUGGAGGAAUUAUAUGAUGUGGAUAAGGCUAUUGAAUUUGCUAAGGAGCAAGAUGAUGCAGAACUGUGGGAAGAUCUCAUCUUGUACUCCAUUGACAAACCACCUUUUAUUACCGGCUUGUUAAAUAACAUUGGGACCCACGUUGACCCCAUCCUCCUGAUCCACCGCAUUAAGGAAGGCAUGGAGAUUCCAAACCUGAGAGAUUCACUGGUAAAAAUUCUUCAGGAUUAUAACUUACAGAUUUUGCUCCGGGAGGGGUGCAAGAAGAUUCUUGUUGCUGACUCGCUUUCCUUGCUGAAAAAGAUGCACCGAACACAAAUGAGAGGAGUCCUUGUGGAUGAGGAGAAUAUAUGUGAAACAUGCCUUUCCCCUAUACUGCCUACAGAUGCAUCUAAAUCUUUCAGUGUAACAGUGUUUCACUGCAGGCAUAUGUUCCACAAAGAGUGUUUUCCUGAACUUAGCACAGAUUCGUCGGUACACUUCUGUAACAUCUGCAGUGCUAAACACAGAGGUCCAGGCAGUGCCAUCUUGGAGAUGAAAAAAUAAUAAUCUUUGGCAUGUUGAGAGCUUAUAUUCUUCUAUGUGUGACUACUUUAAUGUGGCUCAGUGGAGCAGUGCUUCAUUGUCAAUAUGCUACACACUGUGUGCAUAUGCGUAUGUAACUUUGGCUGUGGAUGUAGUAAGAGGGACUCUUUAAAUCAUCCAGCUCACUGAUAUUUCCUAUGUGGCUUUAAAGUGCUGGCAGCCAGGAAGUAAUCAAUGUGUUCCCUAAUACACCAUUGUGCAGUUCAGAUGCGGUCACCUGUAUGCUUGCUUAAUCUCUACUAAUUAAUGAAAAGUAAACCUAAGUGGGAAAGUCAUUGAGUUGAUACGGUCUGUUUACAAAGUUAAAGCCUGUUAACAGGCUUGAAGUCGUAGCUGAAAUUGCAGUUUGAUCUUUGUACACGAGUGCAUGAACUCUUUGAGGCUCCACAUUCAGCGCCUCUCCAAGCUCAACUUGUGUUCUGUACCUUAUCCUUUUAUUCAGGGGACCUCAAAACAGUUGUAAUUUCUAAGAUGUGAAGAUGAUAAAACUAAAACAAAAACAAAAAAACCU